AGGAACAAGCUGAACCCGACGGCACUGAUGAAGCCGAAAAGGCGGCUGCGAUGUACGGAGUAGAAACGGAUGUGUUUCUGAAGGCAUUCACACGUCCACGAGUGAAGGUUGGCACAGAAUGGGUGAAUAAGGGUCAAAAUAUGGAGCAGGUGCAGUGGGGUGUUGGUGCGAUGGGUAAGGCCAUCUACGCACGUGUUUUUCAUUGGCUCGUCAAAAAAUGCAAUGAAACGUUGGAUCAGAAAGGUGUGGACAGAGAUCACUUCAUCGGAGUGCUUGAUAUCGCUGGAUUUGAAAUUUUCGACGUGAGUUUAUCGCAUCCAUUUGAGCAAUUUCUUCGUGUGAAUAUUUUUGUAUCGUACAUAUUUCAUUUAGUAAUUAGUAAAAGAAUACAUAAAAUAUAUUUCAUUUUUUUAAUAAGAAAUUAUGAAUGGAAUGAAAUAUAUUACAUAUUCUUUUUAUGUACAAAACAAAAUAUGUUGAUUGAAUCCUUUGAUUAG